GAGAGGCCGUAUAAAGAGCCACUCAACACAGCCAGACUUCAUCCUGCCUCACUCAGACCUCACAGGAAACACACACUCCUCACCUCCUCCACCGCUGAACACACUCCUCACACACACACACACCUCACACACACUCCUUUACCCUCUCCAGUAUCAGUGUGACCCAGUGAGAGGAUGGCCAUGUGGAGGAUGACCCUGCUGCUCGGCGCUCUGCUGCUCAGCUGUGAGGUGAAGUGUCAGGAUGCAACAACAGAAGCCCCUAUUGUUACCACAGUCAUCAACGCUGCGACACCUGCAGAAGCCCCCGCUGCCUCCGCCUCUCCAGUAUCUGGGGAUGCUAUCACUGUCGCUGACGACGGUAAAACUCUUCCUACUGCUGCUCUUGGAGAUCAAACAUUCCCAGCCACCAUCAUUUCUGUGGAUGCAGUUGUACUGCGUGGAGCAACCUCAGGACCCACUGCUGCCCCCGACGUAACGAAGAACACCACCCCGGAAGAAGCACCCAAACCCGGGAGGACGGUGGUGCCGGGUGUGGCGUGUGUCGGGAAAGAAGACGUUUCUGAGAGCAACGCAGUGAAGGUCUACUUGUCCACAACCGAUUGUGAAACAACAAAGCGCAUCAUCGAGGAGAACCCUGCAGGCUGGUGCAGCAAAGACCACUGUGACCUCAAAAUCUUCCAGGAGGGCAACAUAGUGCUGGUGUCCAGUGAAGACGCUGACCUGGCUACGCUGGCCGACGCCCUGAAGAGCGAACACUUGAAAGAAAAGCUGGGAGUCACAAAGACAGAGAUCCCCUCCUCAUCCGGGUCCUCGGUGUUUGUGGGGAUUCUGGUCAGCGGUCUGCUCGCCGCCGUCGCCAUCACUGUGGGGUACCUGAAGUGCCCCCGCAGGACCAGCGGCAAGGGAGUCAGGCUGGCGGAGGAGGCGUUCCCGGCGGAUCAGGAGAACCAGGGGAACACUCUGGCCUCCGAGGCGCCCCUGAACCCCCCUCAGGAAACCCCGGAGAAACCCAGCAUCAACGGAGAAACCCCCGAGGCCGAAAAGCCAGACCAACCCCCCCCCACCCACCAACGGUCACUCCACCACCAAGACUGCAGACACCGAGCUGUGAAACAACAACACACACACACACACAAACACACACACACACACACACACACACACACAAACUCACUUUCUGACCACAACAAACGUGGAGAUCAAAAUGACACGAAAUUAUUUGAUUGAUUUAAAUUGAUCGUAUCGUGGAUAUGAAACUCAUAGUUGCAGUCCACAGCUGACCGGACUACUUUCUGUGGAUUGAUAUAAUUGCACACAGCCCCUUGAGCCUCCUUAUCAACGGUCUGUUCUCCUUAGCAACGGUCUGUGUUCCUUAGCACUUUGAAUUACCAUUAAAAAGUGCUAUUACAAAUAAACUAACCUUAGCAACGGUCUGUUUUUCCAGACAACAACGGAAUGUUGAAAUUGACCAAUCGCAGUCCAGUAUUCACCUAAGCCGGGUAAUAUUUUGUCUGACUGCAGACACCGAGCUGUGAAACAACAACACACACACACACACACACACACACACACACACACACACACACACACACACACACACACACACACACACACACACACACUCACUUUCUGACCACGCCACAGCAAACGUGGACAUCAUGGACUAUUUCCUACAUCAGAACCCACACCCCUCCAUCUGUGAGCCUCGUAAACAUCAGGGGAGGAAGUCUGAUGAUGAUGAUGAUGAUGAUGAUGAAGACGAUGACGAAGGCUGAGUCCCUGGUUGUUGACGCAGGCAGCAGAGGAUUGUGGGUGUGGAGAGAAGCAUCACUCUGUUCCCAUGAUGACUGCAUGUCAACACCCUGCAGCAUGCAUGGAUUACUGAAGGACUACAGGGGCCGAAAUACUGAAAAGAGCCACAAAGCAAAUAAAGAGAGAGGAGAAACAUCUGCAGAGACACACAAAGAGACUUUAAAAAGGGAGAAAACCAACGUGGGGACAAAAUAACAACAAGAGACACAAAAUGAAUAAAACAACACUCAGAGGAACAAAACAACCAAAAUAUGAAGAGAAUAGACAAAAGAAAGUAUGAGGUUCAAACAGACACAUCCUGACUACUAGAGAUGCUUUAUAUAAAGAGACCAAUUAGUGAAAAGGAUUACUGUAGGUCACUUUGGAUUCAAGCCAAGUCAAAUUUACAAUAAACAAAAAGGAAAAAGUGUCAAAAAAACGACAAAUAGCAACAAAACAAUUACCAAGAGAUGCAACAUGACUACAAAGAGACACAAUAUCACUGCGAAGAAACACAACACGUGUAGAAAAAGACCUUUAAACAUCAAGAGACAUCAAAUGAAAAAAAAAAAUAACAACAAGAACAACAUUUAUCCACAUUUUAUAUUAAAAAAUAUAUAAAUUACAAAAUGACGCUCAAAUCCUGACAAUGCCAAUUAUGAGACCAAUUAGUGAAAAUAAACGUAAAUACAGAGACAGAAAACAAAUGCAAAUAGCAACAAAAAAAAAUUCCAAGGGAUGCAAAAUGACUACCAAGAUUCAAAAUUAACACAAAAAGUCACAAUACGACUGCAAAGAAACACAAAACAUGUACAAAAAGUCUCAAAAUGACCACAAAAUGCCAAAAAACUCACCCUCAAAAGCCUCAGCGACUCUUAAGUCUGCAUGUUUUUCUGUCUCAUAAUCCGCCCUGCAGACUCUCUGCAUGUCCUCACAUUUACCCACAAACCCUCCUCCACAGUAAGCACCUGCUCCUCUGCAGCCAUGACAGACGGAGAGGAGACAAACCACGCUGCCUUGAAAUCUGUGAGAGAAAUCCAUAUGGAGUUAUUGAAAGUGUGUGAACGUGUGCUUUAAAUCCUGCAUGUGUGUGUGUUACCGCGCAUGUUCACCCGUACAUGCAUAGAGGCUUCCCUUGCUUUACUGUAUUAUGCGUGUGGUGUUGGAAUCGAGUGAACGAAUGAGUGUGACAUUAGCCAGUGUAAACUUUGUAAAAUAAGUUCUUUAAGUCGUGACCUCCUUGUCUUUCUUCAUUAAUGAUGCCUCGCUGCACAUUAUCCCGCUUAUUACACGUCCACGUGAUAAAUACAGCAACGACUUGACUCACAAUAUUGAUUAAAAAAUGUUUUUAUUGAUUUAAAUUGAUCAUAUCGCGUCUGCCAAGAAGAAAAAAAAAUAUUUAAAAACUAUUCCACGUGUUUUCUGAUGGAGGAAACUCAUAUUUGUUGUCCACAGCUGACCGGACUACUUUCUGUGGAUUAAUAUGACUCCACACAGUCCCUUGAGCCUCCUUAGCAACGGUCUGUUCUCCUUAGCAACGGUGUGUUUUUCCAAGCAGCAACGGAAUGUUCAAAUUGACCAAUCGCAGUCCAGUAUUCAAAUAAGCCUUGUAAUAUUUUGUAUACUCUCUUUUUACUGUUUGUACUCGAUUGAGCAGUGUGUAUAGUUUCUGUCUUUAAGUUGUGUACCAACACUUUUAAGGUGCCAAAGUUUCUGAUGUCAUGUCUUAUGUUGUGUAUUAAAAUAUUUGGCAAAUUUGUAUAAAACUUGAUCCAACUGCAGAAAAGUGUUCUUAUGAAUAAAUUCAAAUGUUUUAACAUUUUCAUUGCUAACAUUCCAAUAUGACUUUUUUUACUAGCAGCCUGUAGUUUUAAAUUGGAAUAAACAUGAACAAAUAAAAGAUGAAUAACUUUU